AGGCAAUGCGAUGCCCUCGCUAGUCGCUUUUAACCGACAAUGGAAUAUCGGAAGCGACGAUUUCGUAUUUCCAGAGAUUACAGAGGCUUUGGUUAGGCUAUCAUGGGUCGCCUUCGGAGUUUCCGUCUUCGUUUUCCAUUUUCCGCUUGCCUGUUCUACUCACAAUCUAACUCUUCAACUUCUCGGAUUAUUAGUGAUAAAUGUGAUAACUAUACUAUUAGCAAUUUUAACUGCUGUAAUCUCCGCCAGAGGAACAAUAAUGAACUCACAGCCCAGAAAGCUAAUCCCACGGCUUUUGUACAUAAGACUUCCGAUUUUCAUAGCAGAAAUUGCUCUAACAAUACUGGCAACGAUUCACGCUUUUAAAUCCACAAAUGGCGGAGAAGGCUGCGAUUUCGCAACAAUUGCUCGAGUUACAAUAAUUCUCGAAUGGUUUUUGAUAUUCACCGCGUUUGCUGGUUUAGUUAUCGUAUUUCAUUUGACUGAAAAUGAGCUGGAGGAUAGUGCAUCGAUUGCUCAGAAAUCCUGGAGCCGGCGGAUGAGAAUUUUCAAAAUUGGCCAGGAUCAUUCAAUGCGUGUUGCUCUUGAUGAUCUCGCUAUUCUCAUAUCCUCAUUCUUCGUUGAUUCGGAUUUAGUGCCAAGUGAUGUUGUUGCAGGGCUUCUACUCGCAUAUCAUUCCCCAAAUAAUCAGUAUCCGCCUGUCAAGGAUAAAGAACAUGAAUCCGUUCCAAAAUGGAUGAAUCUCAAAGAUGCCGAAUAUUUUCUACAUCAUGCCACGUGUGUCUAUGGAUGGCCGACUUAUAUUCUUUACAAUUGUGGCCUCAAAUCAAUAUAUCGACUAUUCCGAAAACUUCAAUGCUGUGGAAGAAUGCGUUGUGCUCAGAGUCCGUGUGUGGUACAGCAACAACGAAGAGAACGUAUCGAGUUAACGGAGCUUUCUAACGGGAAAUUAGUCAAAAAGGGCAAGUCAAUGGUAGUGGAGGAUAAUUGUUGCUACUGUAACACUGCUGCCGUGGUCCUCGCUAAUGAAGCUCGUAACAUUGAUCUUCAAUUCAUGUCAUUCCGGAAUCGAGUUUAUGAAGUUCCAUUCGCAGUGAUUGCUGAUCACGAUAAGAAAUCAAUUGUGAUAACGAUCAGAGGAUCAUGUUCACUAAUUGAUCUGGUCACAGAUUUAAGUCUUGAAGAUGAGCUUAUGACUGUAGAUGUGGAUCAAGAUGCGACGUUACGGGAAGAUGAGGAAAUUGAUAAACGAGGAGAUGUACGAGUUCAUCGGGGAAUGCUCAGAAGCGCUCGAUAUGUUUUUGAUACGUUGAACAAGAACAAAAUUCUGAACGAUCUAUUCAUCAGUAAUCCCUCCUAUCAAUUGGUAGUUUGUGGCCAUUCCCUCGGUGCCGGAGUCGGUUCUCUUCUAACAAUGCUCCUAAAACAAGAAUAUCCAUCAGUAAUAUGUUAUGCGUUUGCACCGCCCGGAUGUGUGAUCAGCGAGUUUGGACAGGACGAAAUGGAGAAAUAUGUGAUGAGCGUUGUUUCGGGAGACGAUAUCGUAUCGCGAAUGUCAUUUCAAAGUCUACAUCGACUCAGGGAACGCGUUUUUCAAGAGCUUCUUGCUUGUCAACGAGCUAAAUAUGAGAUUCUGAUACGUGGCGUUUAUCAGCUUUUUUUCAAAUAUCCGUGGGGAGACGAGCUUUCAGGUGUGCCACGUAUUUCCGCAUCACCUGAUUCUCCAACAACGCCGGACAUUGAGUCAGCGCUCCUCACACGUCGAAACUCGUAUGGUGCAUCCGACCCAACAUCAGAAGCCUCACCAACACCUCCGCAACGAAAUCCGAAUCACAACAAACGUCUUCAACUUUACGUUCCGGGACGUGUAAUCUAUUUGUCCGCUGAUCAAGACACUGGUGCCACAGUGGAAACGUGGAUUGAUCCAAAGUGUCUGAGUGAUGUGAAGCUAUCAGUAUCAGUACUAUCAGAUCAUUUACCGGCGGCGGUUCAGAAAUUCCUUAAUAGUGCAGCUAUUACCUUUGAGCAACGAGAAGAAAUCGUGUCUAGUCAACCAGUUUGAUGAAAAAGUUACUUUUCCACGUGUUUUUCAGUCCAAAACCCUGUCAUAAUUACUCCAUCUAUUGCAUUUUGAAAAAUCGAACACAAAACCGGUUUCCUAGAACAGAGAAAAAUAAUCACACGUUGUCAGAGAGCAUUUCCCUAGUCACUCACACAUUCCCCUUUUGCAUAAUCAAUAGAUUUCGGGGGAUUUCACUGUAAAACACCCAAAUGUUUUAAAGUAAAAUCCACAUUUUCCAAAACCCCAUUUUUGUUUUUAAAGCCAUUUGUUUUCGAAGGUUUAGUGGUUUUUUUUAAUUAAAAAUCAUAUGGCAUAAUCAGUUCACCCAUUCCCUUAUCAGUUUGUCCUUGAAGGGCGCACACCCCUUUGCUACUCGCAUCAGAUCCUCUUCUCUUUUCUUGUAAUUGAUUAUUUUCACAAAAAAAGUAAUUAAAUUUAUUCUUCUGUGUAAAAAUCAAUUUUUUAAAAAU